CGGAAAUUCUGAAAGACUUACAGAGAGUUGUAUUGUACUUAUAAUAACGUGCAAUCAUAGGUGCCUGAAGCAAGAGCAGGAAGACUCUUCCAACAAGCAAUCAUGGGUGCCUGCGCCUCUUCAUCUCGUGGUCGCUCAAACCAUGGCAAGAACCAGAAAUCCGCAAAGGUUGCGGCAAUUCCAUCUACUCCAGCAGCGCAGGCAGGCCGUGCUGUUGCCUCUUCUGGGAUGGAAGAAAAGAGCAGCUUCACAUGGAGGAUCGAUGGCUUCUCCUCGCUUCUUGACAAGCAAAAAGGAUGGACCAACUCUGGAUAUUUUGAGAUGAAGAAGCUUAAAUGGUACUUGCAGUUGAACCUGAAGGACAGGAAGAGUGGCGACGAAAGAGACUACGUCUCUCUUAUCCUCGUGCUGUCAAAAACUUAUGAUCUGAAUCCCGACACCAUCGUCGAAGCAUCGUUCAAGCUCUUGAUAUACGAUCAAGAAUACGGACGACAUAGAGAACAUCAAUUUAGCCACCAAUUCCAGACUACAGAGAGCAGCAGAAGCUCCGGGAUCUCAUGCACGAUCCCCGUCGAGACACUCAAGGAACCCUCCUCUGGUUUCAUCGUUGGCGACAGCUGCGUCUUCGGCGUGGAGCUCAUCAAGCUCACCACUGCUGCUAAGGCCAAGCACAGUUCAGGAACGCUGAGUGAUGUUGAGAAGAUAAAUGGCUUCAGCGCCCGGGAAGCCUACACCUGGGUCAUCGAUGACUUCUUAACCCUCAAAGGCCGGUGCUACUCACCGGAGUUCGAGAUCGGUGGACGCAAAUGGUACCUGACCAUGUACCCUUCCGGCAUCGACGACGGUGGUAAUGAGGAAUUCCUCUCCCUCUACCUUCAUAUGGCCAAGCCAGACGGAGACGCUUCCCUCCAGAACUCAGGGGUGCUGGUAGAAGUCAGUCUAUCCAUCAAAGACAAGGUGACCAGCAAUCGCAGCGCAAUGACAGGCCGGUGCCAGUUCCAAGCGACAGACGACGGCGAUGGCUGGGGAUGGGCAAAGUUCAUGGCGGCGAAGUCUGUGAAGGACUGGUACCUUGUGAAGGGCAGCUGCUUAAUUGAGGCAGAUGUUGCCAUCGCUAGCUCGUCCAAACUGGAAUAAGGAUCAUACGACUCUACUUACUAGUUGUGCGUGUGUCGAGCCAAAAUUGGAACUGUGCAGGCGUGGGUUUUGUCUUGUUUUUUUUUCUCGAACACCCAGACAGCUGCGUAUCAUUAUAUUAAUAGAAGAAAAGGAAAAAUCUUACAGGGGCUAAACCCAUACAGAGGCAAGACCCCACAAACACACACCGCCUUAAAACAAAACAGCUAAGUCACCGGAGAAGAAAGGGUUUUGUCUUGUUGAUAUUGUCUUUCUGAACUCUGAAUCUAAAUGUAGCUGUACACUACAAAAUGGUUGACAAUUAUUUGUUGUGUGACAAUAUGAAGUGAGGUCGCUCUCCUGCGUCCAUACGUCUGAAUU